UUUUAUCUCGAAAAGCCGGAAUUACAUCCUCGGCUCACCGAACUAUCCAAAAAACUUGCCUUUAGUGUUCCAGCCAAAGGAUACAAAUCGGUGGAGAUAGUCCAGGCAUACUUGCUACUCACAAUGUGGGGUGUGGGAGCUGUGGAGCGCUACGAACAGGACAAGACAUGGCUUUUGCUAGGUAUGGCUAUCAGAAUUGCCACAGACCUUAACCUUCAUCGCAAAACCGCGGUCAAUAGUCAAGAUACUCAAGAAGGACACGCUCGUGACAUCGAGGUACAUAAUCGGGAACGGACAUGGAUUUUAUGUUUCUGUUUGGACAGAAGCCAUAGCGCGUUAUUGGGGAAACCUCAUACUAUCAAGGAAGAGUGA